AGAAGUGACGGUUUUCUCACCAGUACAGUACAUUGCCAUGAGUUCGUACCUCAACAACACCAUGUACCAAAGAGGAGAGACAUUUCCACAUGCAGGUGUGAACUCCACGGUGGCGAAUCAUCACCCUUACUACAGCAGUUGGUACGGUUACCCGGCCAACUUUCGCACGGAGAGAGACAAUGUGUCCCCGAACUGUACAUACACCGCCGCCGCUGCCGUGGUCAAUCACGGCCAAGUUCAGGACAACCAGACGCCGGAGAACUGUUGUUGGAACGGGCAGGAGCAAGGUGUUCCGUCGGCGAUGCAACAACAACGCCCGUCUUGCCAACAAGAAGAGAAAACAGCCACGAUGGGGAUGGCACAAUCUCAGCUGGCUAUUCCUUUCUAUCCAUGGAUGCGAACAGCAGGACCAGAGCGCCGCCGCGGUCGUCAAACGUACAGUCGGUACCAAACCCUGGAGUUAGAGAAGGAGUUCCACUUCAACAAGUACCUUACCCGGAGAAGGCGAAUAGAGAUAGCCCACGCUCUCGGCUUGACGGAGCGUCAGAUCAAGAUCUGGUUCCAGAACCGACGGAUGAAACUCAAGAAAGAAGCCGCCAUGUUAUGCCCACCAAAAGCCGAAACAGAAACGGAGAAAAGUUCCGACGGCCAGUCUGAAAAGUCUGAAGAAGUCUAGAAGCCGCCUAGUAUAGAUAAUUUUCAAACGUCAAUGUUGCCAAAAAUGAUAUGAGGAUAUUCGUAAUGAUGGCGGCUUUUAUGUGGCAUGAUAAUAACAAUGAACUGUGUUCUGCCUGUGUUAAUGGAAUAUGAAUGGAAACUAUUUGUAUAAAAUCUAAGAACUUAUAAAGAAAAUUGAAAAUAAGUUAAUACUUAGAUAUUAUGACAAGAACUUCCAAAGAUGUUUCUCCAAUUUUUGAGCUGCAAGUAAUCGUGAAGAAGUGUUAAAACUGAAUUUACAUGAAAAACAAGCGUCUGUGUAUCUUCGUUUUCGUCACCGAAAAAAAGAAAGCUAGCAACAACUUUGGACGGGCGAAGUUGCAUCCUGUCCUCAUAUGAACAUGCUGCAAAAAAUCAUAUCAGAGUAAUUUUAUGUGGAAAUCAACAUUAUACACGUAUCGUGUGGAUUUCAGACCAUUUCAUGCAUUCAAGUGCACUUGUGUCAACUUCCAUUCUUUACCAUCGUGUUGUGUAAGUUUUUUUGUAGUAUCGAUGCUGGUUUGACAGCAACAAAAGUAUGGUUGCUUCGAAUGAACUUGUCCAAAGUAGGUGUAUUGGUUAUGUUGUACUCACAUGUGUAUUUGCUGCAAAGUCGGUGUUUCUAUACGUGGUCGUUGCUUCUCAUAAGGUAAAACAUGCGAUGUGGAAAUAUCAAGAUGUAUAUGUAUUUAUUGGAAGAAUAUGUGUGUGAACAAAAUGUAUGAAACAACUUGAAAUCGACGAAAAUAAUGUUUGUGUAUUUUUUGCCUCAUUUGUUCAAGAUAUGAAGUCUCAUAUAGUCUCAUAUUUGAGCUUAAUAUUUCAACACUUGUUGGAAAAAUGCAUUUGACACCAUUGCAGCCGCUGUUGAUUCAAGCAAGGUAUAAAAAAGCGACGUAGUAGUCUGUUAAGUACGUUAUGUAUAAGUUAUACUCUUAUCUAUGUUAGUCUCUAGGUAAUUUUCCGCAUGACUAUGUAGAUUCGUGGAUAAGUUUAUCUAGGAAAACCCCAGCUUAUUCCGAAGCCCUUUCCCGGGCAGACAGCAUACGUCUUGCGGGAUAAUGUGGACACUGCAGCCGCCGGUACAACAUCUUCGAUCCGUUAUCGCAGACGAGAACAUCUAUUCUCAUACAAAUGUUAACAAAGUGCUGCAAGGAUGAUUCGCAAAGGUCUACAAUUUGCACUUUAAAAGGGGAUGAAGUAUUUCUUGUCCCCUAAGGCUUCUUUUGAAAGUAAGGACCUAGAGAGAGAAAAAACGGCCUUUUUCCUAUUCAGGGCGUAAAAUUGACGGAGGUGUAUUCCCUGCGAAAUUACCAUUUUUAUUCGCUUGGAAACUUUCAAGUCACGAAAUUGUAAUUCAGAAAGACGCCUGUUCUUAUUGUAUUGCUGGGGGAUUUCGGACUGACUUGGAAAAGGGGCCAUAAAAGUGACAAACUGCACGCCAACCUUUAAGUUCUCGUAAGGACGUGGUCCCGUUGCUUUCUUGGGAAAUUAUAUUUACUAUAUGAAAUGGUACAUACCUACGCAAUGAGUUUGCCAACUUCAAUCCAAGAUGGCGGACUUGUUCACUCAACAAAACAAAUAGCGGAUAAAUUUCUUGCUGCCUAGAGACAGGUGCAUGUAUUUGCUCCUCUUCCACUCCCAUUGGUUUCCUUUGUAUUCACUAAAAUUAUACGGUUCAAGGUCAACGAAUUCUCGGUAAAUCAUGAGCCAGCAGGGAAUGCCGGGAGUCUCCCCUCGCUGACCUAACCGUCACAAAUUCAAACAUCAGUACUUUUAUGACACGCUAAUAAUUAACAAGCAAAAGUCACUUCCCACUCCAAGUACGCAUUCUGCAUUCAAUAUGGUCUCUCCCAAUGGCAGCACGGCAUUCGGCGUGAUGCUGCAGCAAGAAAGAGGGUUUUAUGUACUUUUAUAGCUACUUAAACUUGAACGGGCGACAUUCGAAACGACGGAUCCCCGUGGCCCAACCAAUGACAGACAGAACUUCCUCAUAAUUUUUGACAUUGUUAACGAUUUACAGGCGACCUGAGGGUUGUGACGCAAUCUAUAUACUAUCACAAUAAUCUUUAGUCUGCGUUUUCGGCUUUCCAACCUAGCGUGUAAAAUUCUGGGCGCAGUAUGAGCGAAAUGGGAUUAUUCCAACCGGAUUUCUCCUCCUUCUUCUGUUACCCUGCCGUUUUCUCACAGAAAACAUCGUCCAUCAAGCUGCUUUUCCCCGCGCAGGGAAACACCACACAACUUUUCUCGGCCAAGCCCUGGUAAACUGAUGGCCCGCUUCAAUACCCUCCCCUCGCGGAGGGACGCCUGGAAUAUGUUCUUGUCAAAAAAUGGGGAAGAUAUUUUGAUGAAUGUGAUGAAAGCGGCUAGCAUAGAGGUAAUGUCUUCACCGUCCUCGGGGUCAGAGCUGACGAUAAUGUUCGCAUCCCAAUCCGGCGGUCUUGGCGGCGAUGGAGAACUGAGCUGCUGUCAACUGCAGCACCAGAUGGUAUACACACGAGCGGCCAUGUUGGAUUCUACCAUGCGGCUUUUGGUGCAGAAAUACAAGCCACAACUCAAAGUCCGGGUCUGUGAAGAGAGAGGAGUACAGGAUGCGGUGUGUGUUUGUGAACAGAUGUGUGGGACAAAUAUCUGACCUUACCGAACCUCUAGACAUUGAGCGGACUUUCACCUGUGAGAAGCAGUCGCACAUGAACACUCUACAGACAACAGCACUCUCGGUAAGCUUUUUGUACCUCAAAACAGCGUAUAUUUUAUCUAUAUCAUUCCUGCUGGUAGCUUGUAAUUCUUGGGGAUGGUAGGCUACUGUUUAGUGGUGGAUUUUGGAGGUGUAUUGUUCAACAGCUCGCCUAUUGUUUCGCUGGGGUCAGGGUGAAAGUUGGGCGGUGUUGUUCUUGUGGCUGUGUGUACAUUUCGUCAGUUCUAUUCACAGACUCGGUUCUGGUUGAUGUGAAAUGUAGACGGUGUUGUUUUCUCUUCUCUUUCUGUGGUCAUUACGGUGCAAUAAUUCUGUUCCUUGGCGUUCUUUAGUUUGGAUAUAGAUAGUACCAAUAUCGGAUGUGACAUGUACCACUUCUUCAGCUUCUCGCAGCUAAAAGAAGUGUAACAUAAUACUCUUAAUGUCUCUUCUAUAAACUUAAUGUUUUCUAUGCCACACAACAUUGUAUCUAGGAUAUUGUGCCGUAUCCUUGUUGUAAAUUCGUAAACUAUAUACACAUGUUGAAAUUGAAUGCAUAUGUAAAUUAAGACUGUUCACUGUCAAAUUAACACUGCAUAUUUUUCACAGAGUAAAAGUGUGUUUGUGUGUGUGUUUGUGUGUGUGUGUGUGUGUUUGUGAGAGUGACUGAGUAACAAGAAGUAUUAUAGCUGGAUUUUUUUGCUUUGCAAACUCAAACUCUUUUCCUCUCAUUCUUCCUAGCGCUGCUUUCUAAUCAAGUUCUACAUAUUAGUCACCUUUAAGGUUGACCCUAGCACCACGUCCCACCCCGAUAGCUGCCAGAUUGAUCACAACGUUAGAAGGAGUUGUCUGAUAUAAAUAGUCAUUGUAAACCCGUCCUUCCCUAUCUAGCUUUCUCUCCAAACGCAGGUUACCGGUUUGUCACAACCUCUUGCUAGCUCGCCGUAAAUUAUCUUCCCUGGCGUAGGACGAAAACAGCAUUUUGAUGUUAAUGUUUUGCACCGUAGGUGCGAUUGCCACCUUUCUAUAUCCAAUAAUUUUCUAAUUAGGUUUCUCAUUAUUUUCUGCAUUACGGCAAAUGGUUUGUUGUUUUGUGCUAAAUGUGUCUGGGUGGUGGAAAUGUGUGGGUAAUUUUCUGUGCAGGUUUGGUGAUGGCGCGUGUCUUUUUCAGCGAGAUUUUGUUUCUGCUAAAUGAAGAGAUGACCCAUAGUUGACCGGGUAGUAAUACUGCGGGAAGAUACGCUCCAGAUAUUUUUCUCUCUCUCCCAAACUCUGAGUGUCCCCUUGACCCGAGCGACCAACCCCUGCCAGAGAGAUGAUUUAUGUUGCAAUUUCUGACAAAAUUUGCUCAACUUUCACCCGAGAAUAAUCCGUCGUGCUCCAAUCCGUUCAUUGAUUAUGUGCCCAAACGAACCCAUAACGCACACAUGUCCGAGGUUUGACCUGUAUACGUCCAAAACUACACAAUUCUUAUAUUAAACAUACAACAAACGCUGUCUUUAUAACCAUGCUGAGAAAGCUUUACUUUACUUCUAUACACCGCUUACACAUAAUUGUAUGAUUACAGUUGGGGGAAAAGAACGCAGAUAGAAAAUAAGAUAGAUUACUCCCUCUGAAGACAUAUUACAUGAGAGGACAAUUUAUUUAUGCAUGUAUUCGUCGGACGUAAAUUGUAUAUCGUGCGUUUACAAUUUAGUUUCCACCUCGACGUGUCAGGUGCAGUAGAAGCAUAUAGAUGAAGAUGUUUGGAAGGGAACAAUGAGUUUGGAACUUGAGCCUUGUUUUUCUUUGUGAAAUUCAGAACAAACAUUUUAUCAUUCUGCCCUGCGGAUGCUCUCAAUCUAUCUUACUCGUGUCUUCACCUCUGUCCUUUCAAACUCCUAUAUUUUUUCAUGGCAAAAAUUGGAAAGAACGAUUUAUCAAAAUCUGGGGCUAAAUUGACGCAGGUGGUUCCCCUUCGCUAAUGGUCAACUUUUCAAAACGGCCCAAAGAUGACCACUGCCCCGUAGGUCCAGCCCCUGCUGUGGUGCCCACUCACCAGCAUCACAACCUGCUGUACAGUGAAACGGUAGACCUCGCUAUUUGCGGAUAUCGAAAUACGGAGAGUGGGAUUUGCGCUGUGGCCAUUUUUUAUGGUAAUAAAAUCUUCAUAACCGUGCCUUCACCUCCCUGGCCUAUGCAUCCUUCAUAUUUCCACAUAUGCCCUCAUCUUAACGCUAGAACACACACAUGAAUAUGGACAAUCACACCUCACUUGACAACACACCACACCAGUUUUGUCAAUCUCUCAUCUUCCUUUAUUUCACUUUUUUCUAAUAAAACAAUUUCGUAUCCAACGAACCUCAAUAUGUUCCUUUACAUUUAACUCAAUAUCAUAUCUUGCAAUAGUGAUAGUAAAGAAUCCACAUUGUAUAUAAAGAAAAAUUACACAAAAAAGUAAUCAUUUUAUAAACACACAGUUGUAAGGAAAAGAAAUUCAGAAUAUCCUGCGUCUUGCUAUGGAAAUUGAGUAACGCACGCGUAACUCUGAUAAUCUUGUUAUACCAUCCAGUCCCAUAUUCUUCCGUGUUCACAAUAGCUACGCCAUCUGCAUAUUAAUAAUGGCAGCCCAACUGCAAGGAAGUGAUAGAACCGCGGUUAGAUUAUAUUUCGGUUUAGGAUGGCUUUUAACAAAGGGAAAUUUAUGGGCAGAAUGGUGUAUUGUAGACCCCUAGCCCUGUAUUCCCAUCCCUAGAUAGACACCUUUCUCCAAGAAAGGUCACCUAUGAGGUCAGAUUUUAUGGGUUUGCGGUUAGACAAGACCAUAAACCGUAAUACUUUAUGAGGAUGGCUGAAUAUAAUGCGCCGCCGGGGUUUGGGCCUAGCCGUGCAGUCUGGAAUAAUCCAACCCAAAUUCCCUGAAAGUGGAAGCCAAGAAAUGGAAAAGAAUUCCAGAUGGAAAUGUCAUUGUCACUGUCAACAUUUCUCGGGACCGAAAAAGCAAUUUGGAAAGUCUUUUCUAGUCUUCCGAGAGGGAAGAGUUGAACGGUGUUUCAGAAAUGACAAAUGACUCAAGUAAUGGAAUUGUAAUCUUUUGUGCAUUAGUACCUUGUAGAAUUGGAUAUUAUUGCUUCCAGACACUUCGUGAGAAAUAUUAACAAAGGGAAUUCUUGCGACACUUUUGGGCGGUUGUAUCUACAUAUUUCCAAGUAGUAUCCAACCUCGUCGCUUUUUUCUACAACUGAUGUCGUUUUUCAACUCAAUUUACAACUAGGAGAAAAUUAAUCGCGACUCAGAACAGAAGAUGUCGAUUUUUCUACCCUUUCUUCAGAACCGUUAUCACCCUAUGGCACAGUAUCAUCACAUAAGGUCGCUUUGAAAGUAUUGUGUGAGUUUUUUAGCCUGCCAGAAACUGACACCUUGUCGGUUUCACAUUGUCAAUCAUGUGAAGAAAGCGACAGGACGGUUGAAAGGGCUGUGUUGUUUUUCCAUCUAGAUAUGAAAGUUUCUUUUUUCAAUAUACCACCGGCUUGGCAGGCCCCGAGUCUGUCUUAUCUCUGGGCCAGUCACAUCAUUUCAUUUCCAUCCACCAGGAAGACCUGUCUGUUGAGAAGUCGUUGUUGGGUGACUGGAUCGAUGUGUUUCUGUCGUGUUCCAGUCUUGGCGGGCUCCAAACACACAGUCUUUCCCCUACCUGUAAAAUACAAGAAAAGAGGGGUCACGACUUCUAGCUUGGCUUGGACAGAACUGCCGUUUGUUUUCCCAACUAAUCGAUUAGAGGGAAGCUUGCAAUCAUCAACAUUGAGGAGAGAAAGUUGUCAUGGGACAAGUGAGGUUUGGAGGGAGGGGGGCUGGAUUCUGUCCACUUGUGCUGAUUUAUAUGCUGGUGAAAAUGACAUUGUAAGGGUGAGAGGGGGGUUUCCCCCGUGCCUUACCGGGCUGUGAGAUUUACAUGCAUAUUGAACAGGGUUAAGACGAGGUUACAGUCUGGCCGCGACCUGCUAAUUAAUUUUACUUUACAGACGCGGGUACCGAGUCUUGUCAAGCAACACCUCCAAGAUGGGGAGUCAGAAAAUCACGCUAUGUUCAUAGUCUAUAUGUACCCUGUAGAUCCGAAUUUGUGUGAGGUACCCAAGUCACAAAUUCGUUUCUGCAGGUAUAAUGUAGCCUGUGACCUGACCAGCGAUUGGGAUUCGAACCCGGGACUUCUAAUACCAGGUUGUCGGGAGGAGAGGGAUUCGGAUUCAAGAAAAAGGCUUCAGGGAAAAGCGGAAGUUGGGGAAAUAAUUACUGCUAUUUGUCAAGAAAACACACCAUUAAAAGUGUGCGAGAGAGAUAGGAGGGGGGCUGAUGAAACCGGUUCCUUGUGGUCGUUAGAUGUCCAAUUUUCCAGCCCGGUUUCUCUGGGACCAUUUUCAUGAUGGACGACUACUCGGCAAACCAUUUGCGGUCCGAAAUCUCAUCAGAUACGUAAGAUUACAAAACUGCUCUAAUUUAGCUCGCAUAAUUAGGAAAACUUCAUCAAAAGACCUUAAAAACACCCGUAAAAGCUGUCGUUUAGUGGCCGCCGUAUUUGUAUAGAAGGCCCCCUUUUUUGAAAAGGAGUUGGGUUUCAAACGCAUUCAAGCGUGCGAAAACAAUAAGCAAGUUUCUGAGAGUUGAAAAGUUCGGCUUGCUCUGGUACCUUGGCGACUUUCCAUUUCGCCGCGAUGCCCUCUAGAUAUCGCCGGCCCGUGAAAGAACAAGAUUGGGAGAUGGAGAAAUUGAAGCAGUACCUAUAAUUAAACGCAAUGAUAGUUGCAAGUGCGGGUAACAUGGCAAACUGAUUGAGAGAAAUCGAUCCAAAAACCGCUCCCAGCGACGCAAAAUCAUUCCCGGACGAACAAAUCAACUUGGCAACUUUUCCCAUUUCUCUGUCUAAUAAAAGAUUUUAGUUAAAUCUAGAGCAGCGAGAGAGAAAUUACGUUCAAUUCCGCUCACUUUUAACUAAUAGGCAACUGACAGCGUUUUGUUAUUUUUGUUAGGAGAAAAAUUGAAGUCUUGGCAACUGAUAUAUUCUAGUCCAGUUAUCCUUCCGAGUUUGCAUCCCUCUAAAGGACUUCGAACAAUGUUAUAUAAUUGUUACAAAUACUUUAAAUCGUUAUGAACAAUAGCUGAGUUAAUGUCGUACAUUUAAAACGUGCUUGAGUGGAAUUCCAAAACUUAUUUUUAGCAUCGUUUGUAGCUUGAAAAAUUACAGCCUCGAGAAUUAUUUGACUUCUACGUUUUAUGUCUAAGAUCUGUCGUAAAAUCCCCGGAUUUAGGCCACCAAGCUUUCGUUAUUAUAUACAAACAGACGGAUUAGAUUGUCAUAAUAGUUACAUCCUAGUUUAGUUUAGUUUAACAGCUAUAUUUGUCGCACUUAUUUCGCCAACAAAAGCCUUUUAUUUUCACAAAACAAAUGUCAUACUUAAGAAUCGGCUACAAAAAA